AACUGGUCGACAUCUCCAAGACGACCCUGUGUGGCUGCUGCCGGCUAACCAGCGGCAGCGAGUAGGAACCGCGGGAGAGAAGGCCGGAGCCAGACGUUACUGCGGCAGCAACGGUGUGUAACACAAGCAGCCGCAGCGGUACAGACAUGAGCGUCACCUCCUGGUUCCUGGUCAGCAGCGGGGGGACUCGCCACCGGCUGCCCCGCGAGAUGAUCUUUGUCGGGCGGGACGACUGCGAGCUCAUGCUACAGUCGCGCAGUGUGGACAAGCAGCACGCCGUCAUCAACUACGAGCCUGGUUCAGACCAACACAAGGUCAAGGACCUCGGCAGCCUCAAUGGGACCUUUGUAAAUGAUGUCCGCAUUCAAGAGCAGAUGUACAUCACCCUCAAGUUGGAGGACAAACUGAGGUUCGGAUACGAUACUAACUGGUUCACGGUGGAGAGAGGCGAGCUCACCGUGCCCGAGGAGGCUCUCAAGCAUGAAAAAUUCACCAGUGGCCUCCAGCUGAGCCAGAAGCCGUCCAAAGGUGAAAGCACCACCACCACCAGCAAGUCCCCCCUGAAGACCCCAUCAAAGACACAAAAGGCUACCAGUGGCGGCACCCCCAGGCCAAGCCAAACAACCACAGAUGGGGUCUCUCCCUGCAAAGAGCCUCCACCCAAUACUGCAGACAAGGCUGAAGAAAGAACUGGAGCAGAUGCUGCAGCUCUGCCCCGCGGCACCCCCCUGUACGGCCAGCCGGCGUGGUGGGGCUACGCCGACAACGGCAACUCCCUCAAGCAGGAAAACAAGACGACUGGCAAGAAGCAUGAGCUCGCAGAGGGCAAAGAAGCUCGUCGUGGAGAGGACUGCCACAACGCAGGCUACACGGACAUCCCGACUAAGGAACAUCAUCGUCACGUGGCCACCAACGGCAUCCAUGAGAUCCCCACCAAGGACACGGAGGGGGCCGGCUCUCCCGGCAGUGCAGCUCAAGGCCACGCCUCCUUCACGAUAGAGUUUGACAACCCUUCCCCCGGGAGGGUCACCAUCAAAGACCACGUCUCCAAGCUCACGCCCGGCCAGCACAGGUCUCGGGCCAAGAGGAGCGGCAGCGGAGGGGCGGGAAGCAAGGAGCUGAGCACGUUGCAGGCAGCCAUGAUGGCGUCGGAGAGCAAGGUGGCCGAUUGGCUGGCGCAGAACGACCCCACCCUCAUCCGCGGAGAGUCCACAGAGGACGACAGCAAGAGCAACAAGAGUGAUGUGCCGGUGCAUCUCAAAAGGCUGAAAGGCAGCAAACAUGAAGAUGGCACGCAGAGCGACUCUGAGAAUGGCCUGGGCCUGCGCUUCGCCAGCCGGCGCCACGCCCUCGAGGAGCGUCUAAACGCUGCACACGCCCGCUCUGGGUCAGGAGGAGGAGCGGGCUCAGCCGUCCAGAACGCGGCGAGUGGCUCUCGAGGAGGCGGCGGUCGCACGGCCUUCAUGAUCGAGUUCUACGACGAGGAGAACCCCCGCAAGCGGCGCUCGUAUUCCUUUUCCCAAACUGCGCCGCUGCUGAGCGCAGCCGGCGGCGAGGGGCUGUCUCCGCAGCCCCCCUCUCAGCCCAAGGUGUUUAGCAUCUCCACCUCAGCUAGCGCCGCCUUGGACUCAGGUAAAGUCCAAGCCCCAAUCUCUGCAACAGUGGCUGCGGGCGCCCCCACGGCGGCCCGCGUGCUCCUCAAGCAGAGGUCGGAAGACCCGAGCGUGGGCCGCAGCUCGGUGGGCACGGGGCUGGCGACGGGCAGCCCCACCAGCCCCAGCGAGGACAUCUCGAGCACGGGGCGAGCGGCCGCCAGAGAGGCUGGGGACGACCGCAGCGAUAACGGGACCUACACCAUUGAGCUGGAAAACAGCAACCUGGAGGAAGAGGAGGCCCGGCGCAUGAUUGACAAGGUGUUUGGGCUGCAGCAGAACCAGGACGCAGACCUCCAAGGGGAGGGAAGAGGAAAGGAAACAGCGACAGCAAAAGAGUCGCUUCCGGCGGAUUCCAACUGGGUCUCUCAGUGGGCCAGUUUAGCUGCCAACCACACCCGAACCGAUCCCGAAGGUUCUGGAGCUGAGACGACGACAACAUUCCUGGACAAAGAAAGAGGAUGCGAUGCCGCAGCCCUCAACCGAGGCGAAUCCGCGUCAAGUCUGACAGACCGCAAGCGCAGGAGCCUCCCCCCUCUCCCCGCGGAUGACCGUGCCAAAGCGCCGACCCAGAGGUCUGAGAUCGGAGAGAAACAGGACACAGAAGCCCAGGAAAAGGAGAACAAGGGCGACGGGGAAUCGCCGCCGCCUCCCAUGGAGAACGGCGAUGUGAGCGGCCGACGCCAAGCGAGCGCCGCCUCUUCUCCGCGCAAGACCGCCGUGCGAAGCUCUGCUAGUGUGGAGCGCAGGAAGAAAAAGGAGGAGGAGGAGGAGGGCGCCGGGGACAAAUCCGGGAAGCCUCUGGUGCGUCAAGGCAGCUUCACCAUCGAGAAGCCCAGCGAAAGCGUCCCCGCCGAGCUCAUUCCACGCAUCAACAGGGGCGGAGCGGGAAGCCGGGAGCGCAGCGACUCUGCGGGAAGCAUGGACACGGCCACGCUCCUCAAAGACACCGAGGCCGUCAUGGCGUUCCUAGAGGCCAAACUGAGGGACGAAAACAAGCUUGAGCCGAAAACCACUAAAACCAGCAGCAGCAUCAGCAGUCAGGUCUCGGGCUACGGCUACCACCCUCGCACCGACUCCAUCUCGCCGGAGUCAGACGUGGACACAGCCAGCACCGCCAGUCACGUGGCCGCCGAGGCGAAGGCCAGCAGCGCGCAGAAGCGACGCUCGCUCAGCAGCAUGCACCGGGAGAAGAGCGGCGUGAACGCGGCCUCCAAGUCCGCCGUCUCCACCGGUGCGCGGGACCGCUUGGAGAGGAAGGCCAAAAGCAGAACCGCCGACGCAGCUGGUCGGACUGAAGCGCGCCGCUCGGUUCAGCCGUCUGCUUCCAGGGCACGCCAACCCUCCCUCGAUCUCACCGACGACGACCAGACUUCUUCCUUCCCCAUUUCCGACAUCCUCUCGUCGGAUCAGGAGACCUACUCCAGCUACGGCUUGGACGGCAAACAGGACGGGAGGUCCGCCAAAAACGCCAGCGCCGGUUCUUCCAAAAGCAACCGGAAUCUCCAAACCGCUGCUUCGUCCUCUCUGAGCAAGCCGGCCGCGCUGCCCAAACCACGGCCCACCCGAGCCUCCCUGCUCCGCCGAGCCCGACUGGGUGACACCUCGGACACGGAUCUGGCCGACGCUGACCGAGUGUCAGUGGCGUCUGAGGUGUCUACCACAAGCUCCACGUCCAGACCACCAUCGGGCCGUGCGGCGUUGUCGCGUCUGGACAUGCUGGCGCAGCCGCGUCGCAACCGGGUGGGCUCCAUCUCGGCGCGCAGCGACUCGGAGUGCACCGCGGCGCGCGGCUCUGCCGCCGCGUCGCGCCUUUCGGCUGAGACGGCUCUGCGUCUGGGCUUGCGCUCGUCCACGCCCACCGAGAGCAAGCUGACCCCCAGGAUGAGGGCCAACAGCGUGUCCAAGCUGAACGAGGCCAGAACCAAGACGGCUACGACUGGCUACUGCUCUCCCACAGAGCGCUCUCAUCCAGAGCCUGGUGCCGCUGACACAGAUGGAGAACUUGUUGUGUCCAGCAGCAACCGGUGGAGACGCCUGCCGCCCGAGUACGCAUCCACCUCGGAGGAAGAGUUUGGCUCAGCCCGUCACGCUUCUAAGUACGGAGGGCGCCCCCACACACGGCCGCAUCACCCCACACCCCCCCGCGGUUCCCGACCCGGUGCCACUGCGACACCUGCCUCGGGCUCCGGCACGCUGCCCGGGGUGGGCACAGCGGUGCUGAAACACCGCAUGAAGGAGCAGGACGAGUACAUCAGAGACUGGACGGCGCACAGUGAGGAGAUAGCCAGGUUGUUCCCAUGUGUGCGCAGGAUCAGCCAGGACCUGGCUAAGGACCUGGCCACCUUGGCGCGCGAGAUCCACGACGUGGCGGGCAAGAUCGAUUCUGUCAGCUCGUCCGACACACCGCCCAGCACGGCCGCCACCACCCCGAGCUCAGCCGUCGACACGCGCCAAGAGGUAGGCCCGGCGCGGCCCGACUUGCAGGAGAGCAUGAGACAGCUCGUCGACCGCGUUUUUGACGAGAGCCUGAAAUUCCGCAAGAUCCCUCCCGUCAUUGAGGGCGCCAAGACGCCGGAGAUCAACGGCAAGCCGGUGGAGCUCCGCCCCCGGGCCCCCGAUGGCCACGAGCCUCGGGCGCUCAGGAGACGCACGUGGAACCGAGAGGAGGCAGUUUUGGACAGCCUUUUGAUCCAUUCAGUCGCUCAGCUGUCCACCAAGAUCAAACAGUCAACUGAUAAAACCGCUGGAAAAAUCCGGAUAUUGUUUAAGGAUCAGAACAGGAACUGGGAGGAUAUCGACAGGAAACUGAAAUCCGAAAGCGACAUCCCGCUCUUGACGUCCUCCAACAAGGAGAUCUCCUCCGUGUUACUUGAGCUCAGAAGAGUCGAGAAGCAGCUGGAAGUGAUCAAUCUGAUGCUGGACCCGGACGGCACGUUGGACGCGGCAGCCAGCCCCAUCUCGCCCACCAAGCCUCAGGUUGCCAAACCGGCGGCCCAGUCCUCCGCCGGCGCGGGUCCCCAGCAUCUCCCGGCUAAAGAGCUGCUACCCGAAAUCCGUCCGGUGUCCGGAGAGCCCGCCAGGCUUCCGUCGUCCGACGGCUCCGUAGGUCUCGGUUCAGCCUCUGUCGGCGCGCUGCCUUUCACUCGCAUGCGGCCCAGCGGCAAGGAGGCCCUUGUACAGAAGUGAGACAAAAUCGUCCAGCUAUUGUUCGUUUAAAUAAGUUACAAUUGGCAAUCGAAAAGCAAUAAAAAAAUCUGUUUGAGUUUUACUAAGAUUUGCCACUUGAUCCUGAUCAUUUUUUUAAAAAAAAGUUAAAAUCCUGUAAAUUAAAGAAAAAAAGCAGACAGAAAACCUGCCAGUUUAAAUACGAAGGUUUUUCCAUUUUUGUAUUUUUGAUCUGACAAAAGGGCAUUUUAGUUAUUUUUUUGAUUGUCAACUGAAAACUUAAAAAAAAUGAAUGAUACGAUGGAGCCACAAAUGAACACGAGCAGUUCAUCCGGCACGUGAACAAACACUUUGCCAUUAAGGUCUUGCCUUAAAAGCAUCGUCCCUCCAACAAGAGUCUCCAUCAAACUUCUCAGACCAACAGAAUGCAUAUUUUACAGCCUUUUUUUGCACUUGAGUAUUAAAAGCAGCUGCCGCCUUAAUGUGACAUUGAAAAACAGACACUUUGUACUGGAAAUGGUCCCGUUAUUUCACAAGUCAACCGAUGCAGUUUUAUACACAAUUCAACACUUGACAGUCCGCCCAAUAAGUCUUUCAUUUUUGUCAAUAUAUAAAUAAACCUUUUACUUGCCCAGUAGUAGCAUGUGAAAAACUGAGACUUGUCAUCCUACUAGUUACAUAUUGUGUGUGUGGCUAUUUACCAUAAAAAUCCAAAACAAUAGCCACUUACCAAAGUUGAUGACUCUAACGUGCAGCUCAGCUCAUUAACUUAUGUCUUUGCUGCCUUAUCUUGAUUUGGCCUGUUGGAUGCGAUGCCAUGAAGCUUGUAGCAGCACUUGACGUGUCCUAUGAUUUGCAAUUAGACUUUUUAUACUUCAAUUUCAAUUUUGGAGGAGGAAAAAAAAAUGUAUUAACUUGCUGUUUUAUAAUAUUUCAAUACUGAUGUUGUUUUGUAGUCAUUUUGUUAAUUUGUGUCACUUUGCGCUUUAAGAAGCUGCUGAACAUCUCAGCUCCGUCCCUCUUUUUCUGAUUGUAGCGUGUGGCUUCAUGUUAUGUACGUUGUGCUCAAGGAGCCGAGCAAAAAUCCUGCGGCUUUGUCCGCGUGUAUCCACUAAACGUCUUAAACCACUUCCCCAAUGGCUUUUCAUCUUCAAAACUCUUGACGUUCAAUGGUCGUACUUAGGCUAAUGAGAUCUGAUGCUGAAAGUGAAGAACAAAAGAUGUUGGGGAAAGAAAUCUUUUGUAAAUUGUUUUAUUUUUUUGUGCCCCAGGGUUUUACUUUCAAAUCCAUCCAUUUUCUAUACCGCUUGUACCCACGGGGGUCGCGGGCGUGGGACACCCUGAACCGGUUGCCAACCAAGGGCAGGGCACAUACUAUUUUUUUUUUUUUAGAUUAAGUAAAACAUUUGAAGUUAAUAUUUGGUACCAGUAGGUUUUCAUUUGUUUCCAAGUCUCAGUGUUGUCUGAUCAGUUAUUUUGUUUGUAAAGAGAAAACAAAGCCAAUUUUUAUUUAUUUUUUAAUAUUUUGUGGAUGUUUUAUGUAUUUUAUAUUUGUUCAAACUGCAAAUUUACUGUCAAUAAAUCAAGAGACAUCCACU